AUGUCAUCUCUUCUUUACCAUUUGGCUAAUGUGGGCUCCACCAGACAGGUGGAUGGAUGCUUGACACCAAAUUCUAUCGAGCCAGUGCGCAGACUGCAAAGCGCCAACAACAAGGAAAACGAUAUUUCUGAUAUCUCUGAUAUGGAUCUAGUGAAAAAAACAGACACUACAACGUCGAUUUCUGCCACAGGAUCAUCUGAACUGGCUUCCAGCACAAUUCCUUCGCCACCUCUCUCGCCAUACAUGAGAGGUACAACUUUCGAUGAGAGCGAUGCUAGGUUUGCACAGCUGUUGUUCCCUAAGCCUGUGAAGAAACCUUUGGCAGCAGAGCUCCCCAAAGAGGAGCCGCAACAACAAAAACCAGUUCUGCGCGAGAUUAAUGUGAACUGGGAGAAAAAAAGGAGCUUCCCGGUCGAGGAUCUGAACGAUACCACAUUGUAUAUCAAUCCUUACGGGGACCUCAAGACGCCUGGCUACAAAAAGAGACAGCUUAGAUUUUUGUGUCAGUACCAAUUGAACGUCACGUCAAAGAAAUCAGCGCCUGCUGUUUCCGCCAUGAGCUACCGCUACAGAACAACACCACGUCUGAAGGACUACGUGUCGAGCGAUACCGAGACCGACAGACCGCGGACUAGAAGACUGGUUCGAGAAAAUUCUGUGGCAUUGGAGUCUGACGAUAGUGCCACAUCGAGACCAAUGACCCCACGCAAACGCAAGCAGGCAGUGAAACGGUUCGACUCGCCAUCUACAGCGUCUCCUCCGCCAUACAAUUUCGACUACAAGGCCAUUCCCGAUUACUCGCCGCCGAUCUCUAGCCUUCCGAAUAAUAGUCGCUGUUUGAAAACGGAAUGGAAGGGACAGGCAAUGGAUCUAAGCGAAGAUCCUUUGGUCGGGGAACUGCAUCCUGCCGAGGUGCAACUGGCUUCUACGCUGAGACUGCCUCCAAACGUGUAUUUGGACUCGAAAAGGCGGAUCUUCUUCGAGAAGGUGAAGCGUCUCCGGGCCAACUUGCCUUUCCGACGUACUGACGCCCAAAAGGCUUGCAAGAUCGAUGUGAACAAGGCCAGUAGGCUUUACGCUGCAUUUGAAAAGAUUGGAUGGUUGGACGACUACAGGUUUGAUGAGUAUCUACAGGAAUAG